AAUGGGGUGGCCCGAACGCGAUCCGGGCAACUGGUUCUUAUUUAGUAGUGCUUCCCGAAGGAGUAGGAGUUCUUAGAUCGGAUCUCUUAUUUAUGCGUAAGUACAUUGAUCGGAAGUAGUUUGUAGUACCGCAUGGUCCGUCAAAAAAAAGAGCAAGGCAUCAGCAAGCAAUUUGUCAAACUAUUCUUAUAGUUAUCUGAUGAUGAUGUUGCUGACUGUGUUUGUUUGAUGUAGCAUUUUCACGUUAACUGAGUCUCAGGAUAAUGUAGCCGUGAUCAUAGAAGCGUUUGCUCUUCGUCGUGCUUUAUUCAGUGGUCCUACCUGAAGCCUUUGCUUAACUAAGGGGACGAAAGAACAAAAUGCAGAAGGAAGAUGGGUCGACGUGCUCGCCUAAAUCAACAAGGAUGUUGGCGUCUCCGAUAUUACUAGUAAGAUCCUCACGGGCAUGGGCAAGCAGACGUUCUCAGCGAGCGACGAACUGUUGCAUUGCUGGUGUACUAGCGAGCAGCAUGAUACAACUAGUUGCCGGACGUCGAGGGAGCAGGCACUCUGAUUUUAGUUCUUCAACAACAGAAUUCAGUUCCGAUUCAUCGUUGUCCCCUUUCGAUGGAAAUUCAUCAAGCAACAAUGGCACUGCGUCGGCGAUGGCUGCAUCCUCCAGUCCUUCCACUUUUGCGACUACACGACUCAUUGAGUUCGUGCUACACGAGGAUCAACGUGCUGAACAAACACUGACGCUGGCAACAAGCAGGGAGGGGUCAUCCGUCGCGAAUAACGAUGAACAUCAAGAAGAUGUCGGCAACGCGUUUGGUCAAGAAUGGUUUGGAUCUACACUUUCGGCUCCGCUCUCCAAAUUCCUUCAGUUCAAACAGAACUGGGUUUCGCGCGGUGCGCGAGCUUCUAAAAAGACAUUAUGCCAUCUAAAAACAUUUGUUUUCCUUAUCUGGGAUCGACCAUAAAAACAACGCCAUUAUAGAUUGAUUAUACAUACUCAGUAUACAACUGAUCUGCUAAGAUGGUAGAACUGGAAGUAGCGCGUGAGAGCCAAUGCUUCGUUGCUUGCCAAGAAAUACUUCUUCAUGAUGAAUUUUCCAUCGUCGCUCAUCUCAACCUUCUCAAGAAUGCCAGCAUGCUGAUCAGUCCGCUUGAAGCGUAUGGAUCAUACUUGGGAAUUAUUGUUUUAGCAAACGUAGAAAAGACAAUUAUGUUUAGAAUUGUUCGAUAACACAUGCAUUGUGCUAGUAAUGCUACACGACAAAGAAUUAGAAUAUCAUCUAUUUUUUCUUGCUCUAAGAACUGCAGCAGAGGGUUGGCCCAAGGAGUUAGUGAUUACUGGGAUCGUCAUAGCGGUAAUCGUUGUGCUCGGGAUUGCGGCUUGCUGCGUGGCGUACUUGAAUGACGGUGGCCAGGACAACAGAAAGGGCAGCCGAGGGAAUUACGUUGAUCUUGAGUACGGCAGCGCAACGUCGCCACUCGAUUUCGAUUCGGGUAGGGCUGAUGCGCUUUUGGCCUAUGCAGCUACACAGGGAGAGGUAACGACACGCACUUUGAGCUUGAUGUCUGAUAAGACAAGCCUGGGAAUUUCCUGGAAAAGAUAAAGCGGCGAAGCCAUCUCCAUCAGUCAUAUUUAUAAUGGCGCUACGUCAGCUAAGAGUAAGAACUGCAUGAAAGCGGUCACUAUUGUCGCCUCCUAGUCCUGGAAGUGCUCCGCUUAGCGACUUCUGUAGCCUGCUCCCCCUUAGUUUUUCUGUCUUUUGGUUUCGUUUCAUGUGAUUCCCCGCGCCCCUCCAGAGUCCACCGCGCCAGCCUGCAAGUGUGUGCCUGGGGGCUCUGGACGGGCGUGGGGAUUUGGAGGGCGCCCGAGGUUCUUGGCUCGCAAUUGGGGGAAGGUUUUCCCGCAGGGAGCGCGAGUGUUCUGCGGAUUCGUAUCAUGCCCGGCAGGGUUGGAUUUGUCUGGAUUUUUGCAGUCCUUGGCUGAAUUUUCUCCAUUCAGGCCCCGCUUGUCUGUGGUCGGGUUUUUUGCCAUAACCGGAGAGGCUUGAGGCAAUCCGCCUGAGGUUCUUCGUUCUUGGGCCUUUUGAUCUUGUUCAGUGUUGGACUUUUGACCACCCGGCGCCCCGAGGCUCUCGCGCUGAGUGGGAUUAGUUACAGAGAAGAGAGACACGCCGACGCCGCCGCCUUUAAAUGGUCAGACCACUCACGCGCGCCGCCGUGUGUGCGCAGAUUGUCGGGGGGGUUUGCUGGCGUUGUUCGCAUUCUUUUGAAGUAUUUCAGUGGGGAAAUUUUCGAGGGUUUCGCUUGAAUUGUGUAAGCCUCUCGACUGUUUGCCGGAUUCCUGCUCGCCCUCGCAAGGCCGGCCAUUCUUGACGAAAAAGCUGGAGUGAUAUCUUAAGACUUCUCCAAGAAUGGCCUUGCGAGCAGGAACGAAUCCGGCAAACAGUAGAGGGAUUUGCUCCAUUUCGUAGCGUUUUUCAAGAAGGGCUGGGCUGUGCGCCGCUUCAGUUCCAAAGGGCUCGCGCCUCCUCUUUUUGUUAAGUUUCGAUGGAGUAGCAUGCUCGCUGUCCCUCUGGUGCUUCCGCAGGAGGUUGAUUAGAAUGGCGCUAAUUCAGCUAAGAACUGCACGAGAGCGGUCACUAUUGUCGCCCCCUAGUCCUGGAAGUGCUCCGCUUGGCGACUUUCGUGGCUUGCUUCCCCUUAGUUUUUCUGUCUUUUGGUUUCGUUUCAUGUGAUUCCCCGCGCCCCUCCAGAGUCCACCGCGCCAGCCUGCAGGCGUGUGCUUUGGGAUUCUGGAGGGGCGUGGGGAUUUGGAGGGCGCCCGAGGUUCUUGGCUCGCAGUUGGGGGAAGGUUUUCCCAAAGGGAGCGCAGUAGGCGGCGAGUGUUCUGCGGAUUCGUGUCGUGGAUGCCUGGCAGGGUUGGGCUUUGUCUGGAUUUUUGCAGUCUUUGGCUGAAUUUUCUCCAGUAUAAGACUAAGGGCCAUACCGUAACUAGAGGCCUUUGCUGAUCAUGAUCGUCAGAAAUGGGCGAUAAUUACAGAGCGGCCGCGUAAGUCAGCUUUCUCAAAGUCGUUGGAGACCACCGCGUCGAUGCGAAACAUGGCCGCGAGAUCUUCGCGAAAAGUUGCCCGGGUUGGUCUUCGUUGCCUCCGUCUUUUCGAGUAUGGAAAAGGCGGCGGCGUGGCCUCGGGUGCUUUGUCUUUGUGUUGUGUUUCUCUGUUGUUGACAGCCCCGGCGCCAGGUGAGUGCGGACCGCCCGCACGUCAUUGGCGUCGGUGCUGCUUGGAAUACUGCCGCGGCACGCCUGUGCAAGCUCCUCGAGGUGUAGAGAACCCGGGCGGAGGACGCGGGAAACGCGGGCGGGGAAGCAGUGGCAAAACGGGGCGGCGUUGGCCAUCUUUCUGCGCUUGCACGCCUGAGGUGGCUCUUCGUUUUUUUUUCUAUAUGAAAAAAAAAAAAAUCUUGGCGAAAAGUUUGCGAAAUCUUUCAAAAGAAUCUUUGCGGAAUCUUUCCGAAAACAUAAGCGCAUGAAGUUCUAACAUUGUCAAAACUUGUAAACUUUCCGCAAACAUUCCGCGAAGAUUUUGAAGCUUUCGUCUUCCAUGUUUUUUUGAUGAAGACAUGGAAAUGGAUCGCUGAGAACAAACUCGCAACAGCUUGCAACGAAACCGCAUAAGGCUCCGCGCUUGUUGUCUGUGGUUUUUGUGGUUUCUCUGUUCUUCUCUCCAGGCUUGGGAGGCCUCUGGCGUUGUGCAUUCGUUUGAGAAUUUGGCGCGAGGCUGCGCCGCGGACUGGUUCGCCGGCUUGUGAUGCUCUCGGCGCAGUGGUUGGCCUGUCCGUGUGUGGGUUGUGUCGGUUUCGUUUUCGGAGCUCCUUUGGGCUUCGUUUUAAUGAGACAAGGACAAGGGCCGCGCGCGUGAGCCUCGGCAACUUUUCGCCAAGAUUUUCCGCCACCGGUGAUUGUCGGGCGCGGUGGUCUCCAAAAGUCGCACUUAGUAAUGUAGAUUGAUGUCAGUGUCUAUGUCAGUGGCAAUGUCUUCGCGACAGCAACGGACUUUUUUGAAAAGAAGUUCUUUCAACGGUGACAAUAGAAUACAGGUCCCUGAGACGAAUCAACGUGGAAGUGGAGGAAGUGUUGACGAAGUUGAUGCAGAAGGUUUUCUCGUUUUCCCACAAGUGGACACGAGCGCCAUCAUGGGUGACGAUCCUGGAGCAAGUGUGAAAGCUGCAAGUUCAAGUCGAAGGAUCACUGCGAAAGAAAUUUUAUGGACAAUCACACUCAUUAUCAUUAUCUAUAGAGUAGUCCGCUCCUUUUCGAGUUACGGGCUGCUCGAGUUGCCACGAGUUGCCGAAACGCACAGGCCCAACCCAGAGCGAGUUGCCAACGGGUUCCUCUGGGCAGCCUGCCACUUUGAAAGCGCAGCACUCCGCGGCGGUAUGGCGGGCCAAGAUGCCACGGAGUUCGGAAGAAAGGCGCGGCCUGUUGUCUCUUGGCAGGUCUGCCGCCUAUAUUGAAGAGACGCGCCCCGGCUGAGCUCCUCGCGGCUUUAGCUUCGCGAAAGUAACAGGGCGAAGCUCGGGGCCUUUUUUGUUUGAGGGGCGCGGGCCCGUGCCUUGUGAAGUGCGGCGCCCUCUUCGUUGUGUCGGUGUCCCUGCAUAGUCGUGCGCUGAUGUCGGUCGCGAUCUGGCUACGAUGGUUUACUUUUUUGCUGAUGAGUGGCCAGCUUGUUCAACUUCUUGGGGCCCGAGAUUCGGGAGUAUCUAUAUGAGGGCGCCCGGCUUGUUUUUUGAACGAAGCCUCCCCAUCAGCGGCCAGCCUCACGCCCUGGCGCCCAUUUGUUUGCGCUGUAGUGGGCUUACUAGGUAGCGCGCCACCUAGUGAGUCGCUAGCAUCACAAGCAAGGCCCUCUUGAGUAGACGUGUCUGAAUGGAGUGGCUUUAUUUGUGUGCUUGUUUUAUAGGGCAGCAGCUUCACUAGGUAGGCGCGCCAACUUAGUAACACAAAGCUACGAGCUGGGUGGCGCUGCUCCUGUCUGCCCCGCGCAUGCAGCGCCUCGCAGAGUGAGAAGCGACGCUACUGCCUACUGGAGGCGUUCGCUUUUGGAGGUGGUUCGCGCUCCUGGGUGACGUAUUUGACGCAUCGAAGACGGUGCGCCUGAAGGGCGCGGCGCAGGUUUUUUUGGUAUGGAACUCGUUCAACUCGAGCAACUCGAGCAACUCGGCCCGAUAUCAGGCGGGAGAAGCCUAGCCUUAUUCUCAUUUGCUUUGCGACUUGUGUUUAGUUUACCUACUUGAUCUAAUAUAUUUUUUCAUCGGCAUUCACACUCUGGCACCUUCGUGUAAACAGAAACCUCCGAAAAAUGCUUUUUGUCUUGUUUAGCUGUUGAGUUCUGAUGCAAACGAAAAUUAUUUGUAGGUCAAACACCCACACCCAGUCGUUUCCGUUUGCGAAGAUGUUUCUAAGUUAGGACGUGCUCCUGGGAGGACUUCCGCUCGAUGAAGGUGACGACAGCCCCCUGGUGGAUACCGCAUUUGGAGAGGCAUCCGACCCUGAGCCGCCAGAAAUGCCACCUUUCGAAGUCGAGCGAAGACCCCGAGAGGCAGAUGAGUACAAGUUAGUGAUCAUGAUGAGUAUCGUGGAAGUCCCUCUUCUUCGUCUCUCCACCUUCGCACUUGCACCACUACUACUUCGAGUAAAAUUAAUACGUUGUAACAUCUUCAAACACUAACUGUAACUAUGUUUUCAGGUCGUCCAGUGAAAAUAGUUGGCCACGGCCUGGUGUUGAGGAGGCGACUAUGCUUUCCGGAAAAGAGGACGGCAUCGAAGAAGAGUAAGUAGGUAUCGACAACUUGAAACUACAAGAGGAGAAAUAUUAUUUUGUACAGUCUUCACUCAACAUCAUCUUCAACUUCUACACAAUUACUGUAUUAUUUGAAUUUGCACCUAAUACAUAUAUCUAUGUCAACUAAAAAAAUGUAUCUUACAAGAAAGCGACCGCUGUGAUCAUCAUCGCUUGCGAUGGACUACGGUAUGUUGCAUCGAAAUGGAUAAGGAUAACACUAACUCUAACAGACUAUCAUGAUAUAAUUGUACAUCGUAGUUCUGAAUUGGUCCACAUGCAUGUAUCAAAUUUUUCUUCUGAAUCUAUGCAAGAAUCGUGAAUAUCUGGAUGAAUUUCCUCCUCUUGACUUUGAUGCCGAAAAUAGCUUCUUCGUGCUUCUAGGACCUUUGCUUCGGCAUACUAUAAGCCCCUUGAUGACCAACGACGUCACCAGGCGCAGCAUCAUUAUCACCGUACUAGAACCAGUCGCUCGCUCCUGCUAGAAACUAGUUUUCUGCAUGCAAAAUGAAAAUUAUCUGUCCAUGAUGAGGAGUAACGUCAACAUUCACAGCCUUGAUGAUUCCAGUCUCCAUAUCUAUCAGAAAUUUGACAUUAAUUUUUGCAAGUUUAUGAUCUCAUCAACAUAUUUCCUGCGAGUUCCCGUUCCGAGAACAGUCCGUCGCGUUCGUCACUAGUAUUUAUCGUUUCGAAAUCGAAGUGAAGUUCUUACUUAUAUUAGUCAAGCAACAAAAUACACACACUCUUCCUCUUCACACCACCUAUUCCUCAAUAUGAUACGAAGUCAACACAUGCACAGACUUCCUCAAAGUUCAUCUGGCUCUUAAUCUGUACCUAUCAAGCAUCCUUCUAUCUGCUCCAGGAAUUUAGAUUCGCAUUUAUCCCAUAGUUCACUGAUAAAGACGAUCGUCGGACAACCAUAAUCAAUUGCGUGGAGGAAUGUCGUUUCCCUCUGUAGUC